AUGACCCUCCACCCAAAUCUAAUAGCGCGAAUGGUUGCGCAGAAAAGAGCAGAGGCCGAAAUGCUGGGCCAUCGACAACGGUGGGCUCGCAGACAGCAGGAGUAUCGCAUGUCCAUGUCUCCAGGAGCACAAUUGACACAUGAGCUCCACGCCCAAGUCAGCCUCAAAUGGUGCAAUGAUGAUAGAGAAACCCAACCGAGAACGGUUUCUAAUCCUCUGCCAGCUCGACCGGUUCCAAUAAUCCCACCCUUACAAGCCCCAACUCCAAUCGUCUUCGAUACUCAGCCUCCGACUACCCAUACUCCGGCUGCUGAAACCGUGUCUACGCCUGCUACAGAAGACUCGAACAGACCAGCGGCAGCGAAGAAUGAUCGUCAAUCCUCGAAUGAUAACGAUUCACUCUUCGGAUCUCCCUUCUCGACUCCGAUUCAAGAGUUUCUCGAUAACGCAACCGACGAGGCUGGAUUAAAAGACGCACUAGAACCAAACAAAGUUGUUCCCCCUAGGACGUCCACUGGAGCUACAGCAGUGUCGACACCUCAACCCAGUGAUCCCACCAUACCCAGCACUUCAACCUCGGGGGAAGCGGCAAGCAGAAGUCAGGCUCAUUCAGAAAUCCCACCGCUAUUCUCGGACAAGGCCCCCAGUACUCAGCACCAAACUUCUUCCUCUCGUGGAACCUCAACGCAUGUCCAAUCCACAGCAAGCCAGGAGCAGCCUCAAUCUGAGUCAUCCACAGGUGCCGUAGGAGACAAUGCUCCAGCUCUCCCGCAACAGCAAGGAGCGCGGCCACAACUAGCUCCUCGUCAACCGCCAGCACCAAGACCUAUACCAUAUUAUCCCCAACAAGCAGGCAUGCCAGCUUACUACAGGGUGGCAAUCAACCAAAACUGGCUGGGCGAUGGAAGAAAUCUCGCUGCAACUCCCACACCUCCUCUGCCAGCGAGUGCGUACACGCAGACGGCUCCUCCACCGAACAUGGGUUAUACUGGCUACAAUUUGGAUCCUGUCAAUCCGUACAUGAUGCCAAGUCCUGCACUUCCGCCGCCUCCGGGACCGCUACGGACUUAUGGAACCGCGGUUGCUGCAGCGGCGGCGGCGGAGCGACAGAAGCAGCAGGCCAAAAAUGCUGGCUACUUGACCGCCGCAGAUCAAGCUGCGGGCAUCAACCUGACAUUCAAAAACACAACAAAGAGCGGCUUCAGUGUCCCAAAGCGGUGA